AUGACCGAAAAUUCCGAAUCAGGCACCACGGUAACAAAAAGGCAGGCAAAGGAAGUAACUAUAGUACAUGAUGAAGGUUUAUUCUGUCACGACACGGGAGAUACUUACAACGGAUUCUUUGAGGUGAAAAAGAAAGACAAAACGGUCAAAAUGCACGGACCGGGAACUUAUACGACGGCCGAAGGGGAUACAUAUGUAGGUGUAUGGCAUGGAGAUAAGCUGGGUGUGAACGAAGAAGCAAAAAUAUUUUAUAGCGAUGGGUCCAGAUACGAAGGUUUUUUAAAGGACUGGUGCUACAGUGGCCUUGGGAGAUACUACUAUCCUGAUGGAAGCGUGUUGCAGUGUGAAUUCAUCGAUAAUUCUCCUGUUGGUAAUUUGACUCUGACGGAUCCGAACGGGCAUAUUUGGUUAGGUAAAGCCGAGCAAGGCUACUGUUGGCUUGAUCCGGUUAAUCAUUAUUACGAUAUGUUGGAGAAGGCGAAAGAAAUCCGAAAUAAACGUCAGCAUAAAACUGAAGUUAUUAAGAUGGCCGAGCCUUAUGAUUCCUCAACUGCAUCAAGUAUUAAACUCAAAUAG